AAUUCCUUUUGUCUCAUUCAAUUGGACAAUCUCACUGGGAAACCGCCAAUGCCGCCAACCGAAAAAUGCCGCGGAAAUAGCGCGCCAAAAUCAACUGUUGUAGGAAUGAGACAAUUAUUAAAGCAAUUUGUAGAUUCAAUAUGCAUUUUAAAUUUGGAUAUUAUAUCAUUUUUUCGCCCGUAUAACCAUACGGAAUUUUACGUAAAAUAAAGAUAACAUGAGCAUGUACGACGACGAGAAUACAACAGCAUCGACUAAUUUCGUGCCAAGGCAAAUAAACAGUGGAAUAUGGAUUGAAGCAAACGAGAGUCCAACACAAGAACAACCUCCCUGUUUGCCCAAAAGAAUAUUUCAAAAGCAUUCAUCACUAAUUGAGCUUUCUGCCAUUGCUGUAACAGAAAAAGAAACUUUAGACAAACAGGAAAGCUCCCAGUGUAGUGGUACCUCAGCAUGUAGUUCAGCAAUUGACAUUGAAAACAAAAUCCAAGGACAAGACUAUGGUUGCUUGAAUCAAAAUGUGGGUGCAGAACUAGAAGUCCACUCUACCCCAAAUAAAAUUUCCUCAAUUGAGUCAACACCAUGUAACAACCCUUUGACUCCUACUGCAAAUCUUAAGAUGUUAAUGAGUGUUGUUAGUCCAGCAAUUCGUGACAGAGAUGAGAAAAAGCGAGAUUUGUUUGUUGGCAAUGAUGACAAUGUGUCCAAUGAGAUUAUCAUAGAGAAACCAAAUGCCUACAGUAGGAAGGAUAAGUCACUUGGCCUUUUGUGUCAGAGAUUCUUAGCAAUGUUUCCAGAAAAUACCAAUGGGAAUGCAAUUGAAAUAUCUUUGGAUGAAGGCGGCGUUGUCACACUUGAAGAUGCUGCUACUGUUUUGUUAGAAGAACAUGACGAACGAAAUGUUAAAUACAAAACCAAAGUUCGCCGCUUGUAUGAUAUCGCCAACAUAUUAUCAAGUCUGGAGCUUAUUGAGAAGGUGCAUAUACGAGGAGCAGUUGGGAAAAAACCUGGAUUCAAAUGGAUUGGCGUUGAUAUAGAAAGUCUGCCUAAUAAUGCAAUGCCCGAUGGUAAUGUUGUAACCUUUAAGACCAAGCACUCGCUGCUACCAGAUCCAACCAGUAACCCCACAAACAAAAUACAACCGCACAUCCUACCAGCACCUAGUUCGUCCCACAGCGCAACCGCCAACCCGAAUAAAAGUUGGACAAAGUCUGCCUCCUGUAGCGCAUCGUUUGUCAGAAGGUCCAGUUCAAAUGGUGGAGGAAUUAAGAGAGAGAGGUCAAAUAGCAGUACCGCUGAAAAACAAGAUGGCUUUCACGUUCAUGAGUUUGCAUCCUCCCCUGUGAAUCUAUUUGGUCGGGAUAUGAGUCUGUACAGUCCAACUGAAGUUACAUUUCGUGAAGAAAUACAAAAACUACGAGAGAAAUUCCCAGAUCAUAUCCUUUAA